AUGGCUCCUCGCGUCGUCGGCGUUGCGCUCCUGGUGAUCCUGCUCGUCGGCGUCGAGCUCGUGGCCGUGCCGGAAGCUCGCAAGAUCCAGCGCGCCAGCGGUGCGGUCGCGGGCGGCGGUGAAUCCACCGGCGUCCGACGGCCAUCCAAGUGGAACAGGGGCAUGGUGCUCUGCGGAGACAAGAGGAGCGUACCGGGCGGCCCGGACCCGCAGCAUCACAAUUAG